UUUUUUCUUCAAAACCCAAACAUAUUAGUUGGAAGGGGCAAUUGCAUUUGAGGUUGUUUGCUGUUAGCAGAGAAUGACUCUUCAUCUCUCUUUUAUUUCCCUUUUUCCUUCAGGCUCUGCUCAUUAGAAAAGGAUUGGUAGCAUUUAGUGUAACUGGCAGGUGAUAGAUCUGGCUCCUGUUACAUCCUAACAUUGCACAGUAAAAUCUGCUGGCUCACAAGGUGUCCGUCCUUCCAGCAAUUGUUCAGACUGUGGCCAAGGGAGGCAGCAAGAGACUGAAGCUUGCUGGAACACAGUAGGCACACUCCCAGCAAGCUCUUCAAUGGCCGGUAGGGAUUUUGUUUUUCCUGCUCUUGCUUUGGUGUUUAAGCUUCCGUCUAUGUCCUCAGCACUCUUCACUGGUCCAAACACUUCUGCUUGUCCUGAAUCACUGCAAUUUGGAGAAGUUUGUUUUAGGCAUGAGUGAGAUACUGGAUUUCCCAUGCUAGCUGAUGCCAACUCAAAACAAACCUUUCAGAUUCACUGGUCUGCCAGCCAGUCCACUAAAAGAGGUAAGAAAUGCAUUCCACUGCAGUUGUGUGAGCUGAAUGCAGGAGACGAACUGCACAUAAAAAGAGAAGCAUCUUUUGAUAAGACAUUCAACAAAGGAAAGGAAAUAACAUACAUUUAUUCUAUCGAUGCAGUGAUUUAUAUAGGAAAAGUCAGUAUUAGGCAGUUUAAUAUCUUGGCACUAAGAUACAUGCACAUUUUUGCUCUGUGUUGCUCUUUUAUCUGUAGCAUGUAAUGACUACAACAGUUUUUGAUCCAGACAGGCUCUUCUGCAGUUACAGAACAUUCUUGGAAGUCAGCAUCAGGCAUUUCAUAUAGACCAUUUCAUAGCAGAGCUCCCUUCACAAGAGUUCUGAUAAGAGCACAUACUCAUGAAAGAAAUAGGCAGUCUUACAGGAAUUAUCUAUAACAGGCUGUCUUAUAAAACAAAUGGUUACUUACCUACCACACCUGUUUUACCAAAGCUGUGAAAUCACACUGUAGAGCUUAACAGCUUCAAAGCAGCACUCUUCUGUGUGCCAUCUGUGGUGCCCUCUACUGCACAUCUUUGUAGAAGCAAGCCAAGUGCACACGCAGCUGCAUUCCUCAUGCUGCUCUUUUUCAUGUCUGAACGUUUAAUAGGGGUUUAUGAUUAGUUUCUCUGUUCCUUUUCCCUCUAACCCACAUAAAAAUACAUUCUGCAUUUAUAAUUGACAUGCUUUAAAAAGAAAAAUAAUUGAGGAGAGCUUAUAGAGUGAAAAUGAAUAAUUAAAUAGGGCUUUCAGAAAUAGACCUGCUAGUUCUGGUUGUUGUUCAUUAGUUAACCUGGGUACUAGUUUAUUUGUUUUCAUGUACAUACGUAUUUAUAUACAUAUAUUUAGUUUCUUUUCUGGUAAUUCUGAUGUAAGUACUGAGAAUCUCCAUCCUGCUUUUUUUCUAGUUGCUGUUUGCUGCUAUAAGGAAGGAACAAGUCAUUAGAUUAUCUUCUCUUGUGUUGAUAUGUAUCGUUUUAUUUGCUUUUCUUUCCUAGGAGCAGGUUAUGUGUUGUCAGCUCUACAUCAAACAAAAAUCUGUUGAUUUUUGAUGUUGAAUUGUUGGAAAGAACUACAGUUUUUACAUAAAUAUUUCCGGAGUGAUCUCAAGGUACCUAAAGGCCAAAAGACUCAACAUGAAAGAACUGAACAUUUCAAUUUAUGAUUUCCCCUUUCUUCUGCUUGCCUCUGCUAACUGAAGCACCUUGUGUUCAUAUCUGAAGAGCCUGGGGCUUUCCUCAGAUAAAUCAAUUCAUGAUUCUUUUAAUUACCCACUCAGGAUGGAUUUGGACUGCUUGCUCUCGUGAGUACCAGAAAAGAAACUUUAUAGGCAGCAGCUAAAGGAGCAGCAACAUAAGCCUGCUGUCUCCAAGGUUUUAUGCCCUGUGUCGUCUACCUGGCUAACAACAAGCCUAAGCAUGGUGACUUUUGAAGUGCUGCUGGCAGUGAUUUAGACACAGCACAGCUUCCACUGUUACUGCCUGCUGUGCACAAAAGGCAGUGUUAUCAGCACUGAGCUCACUAGUAUUUUCUCUGGAAAGGACAAGCCUUGAAGAUAUUUCUAUCCUGAGCAAGUACUAAUGUUCACAGAAUGACUGCUUUCAGUCAGUCAAUUGCUAUGACGCAGUUAGGAGUUUAAAACAGUCCUUGGCCUAUCACAGCUGCAGAGGUAAGGGCUGUGUAAAUCCACAGACAUGGAUUUUCAUCACAGCAGAGCUGCAGUGAGGGGACCUGAACUCUGUACAGGGCAGGAGGAGCAUCCCGGGCAUUGAAUCACAUCUGCUUUUCCACUGAGCAGAAGAUGGGCACACAGUGCUCUGCUGUCCUGCCCCCCCCAGAAGGACGGCAUGUUCUCUUGGAGCUCAUGAUGUCUUCCCAAUUUCUGGCAGGAAAGAGGCAAAUAUCCAAGAAAAGUGGUACGAAACACACCAAGAUAAUAAAGACACGUGGGGUUUCCUUUCAGAUUCACAGUUUAGCUGUGUAUCGUCUGUUCUGAAGUGAUGCCCUGUGGCUGAGGGUUCCACGUGAAUCACACAUGGCCCAUUUCAGCCAAAUGCAGCAUUUUUUUCCUUAAAGCUCAGCUUCCUUGGAAGCCAGCAACUCAUGGCUCGUAGGACUGCAGGUUGAAUAUUUGUUCUGAACGUGAGUUUUUAAUGGCGCAUUGAGAAGAAUAUGAUGGUGAGCCAUGCCGCCAUUUUGUAAUCGAUCAUUUCACUGGUCUCAGUGCUCGUGGGGAUCUUGGGUGCUGCAGAGCUUUGCUUAAACAGCUGCUGAGGUACAGAAACCACAGAGAUGGAUGGGGAUUUGGGCUUCAGUUGGUGAUGCAGGUAUUCAGUCCAGUGGUCAGUGGGGCUGUAGGUCAAAGGGGCUGUAGGUCAAUGGGGCUGUAGGUCAAUAUGGGGCUGUAGGUCUAUGGGGCUGUCUGUGGGGCAGGGCGGGAAAGGCCGCGGCCUUGGAAAGGGCGGGAAAAGCCCUCGGUCAGUCAGGAAAAGCCGUUCUUCAGCUCAGGAUCCUGCAGCAAAUCUCUGCUUUCCCUGCAUGAUACCCACACAGGUUCCAUUUGGAGAAUGAGCUUUACCUCCCAAAAUACCCUUUUCUAAUCUGGAAGUCUCUUUAAAACAGCUUCAACCCUUCUGAGGAGGUUGGGUGGGUGUGCAUUGCCCACCAUGGAGGAGCGCGGUGCUGAGGUGCUGGCUGGGCAUGAAGAUGGCUCUGAGGAAACCAGAACAUCAGCUCAUGGCAGACACGUCCCAAGUUCUGAAGUUCUUGAAGCAAUAGAAAAUGUUGUUCUGGAUGUGCUUGAAAGUUUGGCCAAAAAACAAGCCCCUGUUCUCACACUGGCUAAUAGAUCAGUUUGGAGGAAUAUAGAAUUUAAAGAUUCUGUAGGUCUACAAAUGAUACCACACUCUACUACAAAACAAAUAAGAAGUGACUGCCCUGCAACAGCACCAAAAUUUGCUAUGAUGCUCAAAAUACUGUCUAUGAUCUAUAGGAUGGUGCAGAGCAAUUCUUAUGCAACUAAAAGAGACAUAUACUACUCAGAUACGCUCCUGUUUGGUAGCCAGAGUGUUGUGGACAAUUUAAUCAAUGAAAUCUCUUGCAUGCUCCAGAUACCUCGGAGAUUUCUGCAUGUACUGUCUACAUCUAAAGGUUUUGUUGCUGGUAAUUUAAGUUACACUGAGGAAGAUGGUACAAAAGUGAAUUGUACCUGUGGUGCAACAGCUGUUACUGUGCCAUCUAACGUUCAUGGAAUUAAAAAUUUGUAUUCACAUGCCAAAUUUAUAUUAAUUGUAGAAAAAGAUGCAACUUUUCAGAGACUCCUGGAUGAUGAGUUCUGCAUUAAACUGGCCCCGUGUAUAAUGAUUACGGGAAGAGGUGUACCAGAUCUUAAUACACGACUUCUGGUCAGAAAGCUGUGGGAUACAUUUCAAAUUCCUGUUUUCACCCUUGUGGAUGCAGAUCCACAUGGUGUGGAAAUAAUGUGUAUCUACAAAUACGGAUCUGUGUCGAUGUCUUUUGAGGCUCACCAGCUCACUGUUCCAUGCAUAAAGUGGCUUGGUCUCCUUCCAUCCGAUAUCAAGAGAUUAAAUAUACGGGAAGAUGUCCUGAUCCCAUUUACAAAGCAAGAUCAAAAUAAGUUAGCAAGUCUACAGAAGAGACCUUACAUUGCUUGUCAGCCAGUGUGGAAGAAAGAACUGGAAAUUAUGGCAGCAUCUCAAAUGAAGGCAGAAAUCCAAGUCCUGGCUUCUCUUUCAUCAGAUUAUCUUUCCAGAGUGUAUUUACCAAACAAGUUGCAGUUCUGUGGGUGGAUCUGAAUGCCUGUUUGCAUAUGAGCUGUUUUUCUUCGUAUUGAUUUGUUUUCUUGAUUACUCUUAGAGAAAAACAGAGACACAAAGGAGCGUGUAUCAGCAUCUUGCUCAGCUUGUUCUUGUACCAUGAUUAGUGUUGUCUCUUCUUUCUAUUUCAAGCCGUAAAAGGAAUCACAGCUCUGUUACACUUUGUUCCACUCUGUGCCUUCUGCGCUGCAGUGACCCUUAAAGCAGCACCACGGCCACAGCAGGACACUGAAACGUGUUAGUUCCACCCAGGGGAUGCUGUUAUAAAUGGCAGUUCAGAUUGUUAUAAAUGGCAGUUCAGGUUGUAUUAAAGAAUUGUUUUCUUCUCUGUCUUAAAGCAAAGCGAUGCUGUGUACGCCUUCCAACAUCUGCAAAGUAAAGGACUUUGAUAGCAA